UCUUCCAGCUAAACGCAGUGGUGGACCCCCGCAGCCCAGCUGUCCAGCUUCGUUCUUCGUCCUCAGCCUGAUGCCGACCUUCCCGUGGAUGUUGGAUGUUCAAGCCCAGAUGCCCCCUCCGGGCGAAUGGAAAACGCCCCCCUUCGACCCGCGCUUCCCUAACCAGAACCAGACGCGUAACUGCUACCAGAAUUUUCUGGACUACCACCGGUGCGUGAAGUCCAUGAGCCACCGCGGGAAGAACACACAGCCCUGCGAGUACUAUUACCGCGUGUACCAUUCACUGUGUCCCGUCAGCUGGGUGCAGCGAUGGACCGAGCAAAUCAAGCAGGGGACUUUCCCGGGCAAAAUCUGACUGUGCACUUGAGCGCUACUCCCCUGGAGGCAUCAGCCCCCAGUGACCUCCGUCCUCUCACCAAGCCCCAGCCUGGGUUACCCACCUCCACUCUGUCUCUACGCCACAAAUAAAGUUAUGGUGCUGCUAA